CACAGGGGGCGGUGCAUGGCGGACCAUCGGAUUGCGUUCGUAGAAGAGCGUCAAUCUUACACAAUAACACACAGAGAUAUCAAACAUGACCCUCAACAAGAAUAAUUCAGAAUUAGGAGGAGUUAUCAUCAACAACAGUGAAAGUGUGUUAAUGUCAUAUGAGAAUGUGGAGCUGGCAUUUAAUGACACAGAACAUUUGCCAGCACCCUUCAGAAAAAGCAAGAAGGGAAGCGUCUACUUAACACCUUACAGGGUGAUCUUCUUGACGAAAGGGAAGGACCCUCUUCAGUCUUUUAUGAUGCCCUUUUACCUUAUGAAGGGCUGUGAGGUGAAACAGCCUGUACUUGGUGCCAACUACAUCAAGGGCACAGUGAGCGCCGAACCUGGGGGUGGCUGGGAAGGUUCUGCAUCCUUCAAGAUGAUCUUUAUGGCUGGAGGAGCGAUUGAGUUUGGACAGUACAUGCUACAGGUGGCAGCACAGGCAUCCAGAGGGCAGCCGGUGACUGAUAAUUUCGGCUGUCUGUACAUGGCGAAUGGAGCGUACACUUACCCACCCCCUCCGCCUGCUAAUGGCAUGUAUUCAGCGGCAACAGCGCCCCCUGUAUAUGCCUACCCUGGACCUCCACCGCCAGGUGGAUUUUACUCCAGCCCCAGAUUUGAUGGACCAGCUGCCUACAUGCCACCUCCCCCAUAUACAGCACCAAUGGACCAGGCUCCUCUUCACCAGGCUCCUCUUCACCAAGACCUGCCCAGAAACCCUGCAGCGGAUGCAAAAGCAGCUGAAGCUGCUGCGAGUUCUGGCGCGACUACUUUUGCUCCAACACGGGUCUACUUGCCGGAGGACAAACCUCCUCCCUACUCUCCACCUGAAGACAAGAAGAACCAGUAGACAUGUCUUCUGUUAGCACAUGUCCUCUCCUCAUUUCACCCUCUCUCUCACACACACACACACACACACAUCAUCUCCUGCAGCAGUGAACGGCCACUGGCACAGACUGGACUCCAAUAGGGGGCAGAGAGCUCUGCAUUAACAUGACCGGUCCUAUAUAAAGAGAGAGAGAGUGAGAUAAAAAAACAAGUUUAAUGAAUUCACAGCUUGUAAAUGAAAGGGAUUUUGAUGACUGUUCGCUUUCCAACCAUAAAGCAAAACCGACGGUAAACGAUUGAGCUUUUCAAUUCAGCGAUUAUGAAUUUGAAAAAUAUUGUAUGUAGAAGUUACAUUCCAAGAGUUGAGAGCAAGGCCAAAAAACUUUUAACUAUUAAGGGGGUUUCACACUUUCAAUCCUGCAACCAAGCAAUUAAAAGUCAUUUAUUUCCAAAGUGUGUUGGGUACAUGGGGUUUAAACAUGUGACCCAUUGCACUCAACGUAGAAAGUUUACAAACAUACAGUCAAACGAAAUCCUGGGACUAACUGUGGCUGACUUAGGGAUGAUAUUAACAAAUUAAAUAUGUAACAAGUUGAUUUAGCACUUAAAACAUUGCCAGUGUGUGAACGCCCUUUUAUUGUGCAUUCCUUCAAAUGCAUUGCUUAUUUAAACCUGUUACCAUGUGCUGCAAAUCUGUUUUAACCCAGCAGCACGUUGACAAAGACUACAUACUAUACUGUACCAUACAUUCUGAUAAAACUUGUUAGAGAUUGUGUUCCCUGCAGCAGUGUGAACUCUGUCUCUGCGUCUUUCUGUAGCAUGCAACAGUUAGACUAAAGAUGCACUUUAACCCUGACAUAACCCUUCUUAUGAUUCUUAUUUUCUUUAAUUUAUUUAAUUGUAUGAUUAACUACGCAUGGUCUCGACUGUAUUA